GCCGUGUGCACGCCGCUACAAUCCAUGCAUAUCUUCACGCAUCACUAAAUAUGAUCGCUUUAAUCCUCUAUGUGAUAACAACCAAUUAAAGUAACCAUAACUUCAGCAUAAACUUACGUAAAACGUGAUUCUAUACUAAAUAAAUUAAAUCUUCUCUCAAUCAAGUGAGCAUCCUUUGUAUUCGUUGUAAAUAACAUCACAAAAGGAAGAUCCGAUGUGCUAAAGCCGUUUGGACAUUGAUGUUUCUUGGCUUGCAAGUACAAAAGCUGAGCAUAAGUUUCGAGCCCGGCAUGUGGCAGUUCGACGAGACCGCGGAGAUAUGCUCCAUCGGGAUGAUCCACCCGUCCCACAGCAGGCACUCGGGACUCUCCAUGCUGUCCAGUGUCUCGCAGUUCUCAGGCAUCUCGACGCUGUCGGGCUGCGGAUCGCCUGAGCAGCUGGAAGGACUGCCGGAGCUGCCGCCGGCGGAGGAGCGCCGCCUCAAGCGCGCCGCGCUGGUGCUGCAGCAGCGCCUCGUGUUGCGCCAGUGGCUCGCCACGCACCGCCUGCAGCACGCCUACACCAAGUGAGUCACGUACG